AGUCCGCCCAAUACAUGUUUUGAACAGGGCACCCCGCACCUUCUUCGUCUCCUCUAUCAUGCGUUUCUGUGUUGGCAUUUAUUACCCCUUGUCCCCUCUAUAUCUCACCUCCUCCCCACUCACCUCACCACACCUCACCACACCACAACAAUGGCAAUCUUCCUCAAACACUCUUCUCCUUAACACCUUUUCACGCAGAACCCUAGUUUCUGAUCGUCAAUAACAUCUUCAAAAACACUUUUCCAACAUGUGUCCAAAAAACACAACAUUGGUCUAAUGGAAAUCUUGUGUUAUUGCAGUUGGAAAUUCUAGUACGAAUCAAAGAAAAAGGGGGAGACCAGACCAGACGACAUGAACCAGUACAUAUCUAACGUUUAUAAACUACAAUCUCAUUGCAAUCAACCAAACGUCGACGUUUCAACAGGCCUCAGGUUGGCAUUCAACGAAAAUAUUCAUCAGUCUUAUAGUUCUGCAUCUAUGUUAUUGGAAGAUUUAUCUACCCUAAUCAACCAUCAAGAAAAUGAAAUCGAUCGUUAUAUUCAAGCACAUGGAGAAGAGUUUAGGCGCAAGUUAGCAGAAAAGACCCAACGACACUAUCAUGCGCUGAUCGGGUCCGCGAACGAGUCAGCGUUACGCGUAAUAAGAGAAAAAGAAGCAGUGUUGGAAAAAGCGGCUCGGCGCAAAGCGGAGUUGGAGGCGAGGGCGAUGCAACUCAGCGCAGAGGCGCAGGUGUGGGAGGCGAAGGCUAAGGCGAAUGAGGCGGUUGCGGCCGCGUUGCAAGCGCAGCUGCAGCAGACGAUGGUGGGGUGUGUGUCACAAGGUGAGGUGGUGGCGGGUGGUGAUGUGGAGGAUGCUGAGUCGUCUUACGUUGACCCGGAACGAGUCGUGGUGGCUCGUGGACCGGGUUGUAAGGCGUGUGGUAAACGGGUCGCAUCGGUUGUGUUGUUACCGUGUCGGCAUUUGUGUGUUUGUAGUGAGUGUGACGACGUCGUUCAGACUUGUCCGUUGUGUCUUUCCUUUAGAAGUUCUAGUAUUGAAGUUUACAUAUGAAGGGUAAAAAAUGUGGAGUAAAUUGAGGAGGUUAAAAAAAUUGUAUAGUUUGAGGGAAAUAUAUAUGAAACGCAGGAUUUAAAUAUUAUUAACAGUAAUUUAUUUGCCUCAAA